AUUAAACCCUGCUCUGUGGUGUUUUACAUCCAUGGAGGUGAUUUUAAUUAUGACUCUGCUGUUAUGUUCAAGGACGAGGCACUUGUCAAUAAUUUCGCCGGGAAUGAUAUCGUCCUAGUUAUUCCUGGGUUUCGUCUUGGUUUUCUUGGUCUUUUAACUUUUAAUUCCGAUAAAAUCGUUCCUAGAAACAUCGCUGCAUAUGAUCUUCUUGCGGCUUUACAUUUUGUAAAGGAUGAAAUCAAACAUUUUGGUGGAAAUCCGAACGAUGUCACUUUGUUUGGUCAUUCUGAAGGCGCUACUGCGUCUGCACAAUUUGCUUUUUCAAAGCAGAUUGAUCCUGAAGGAAAGUUAUUUCAGAAGGCUGUGAUGAUGUCUAUGCAUUAUGCAUUCGCAAAUUUAACUCACUUAGAAGAUGUAACCAUGGAACUGGCUUACCGUUUGAAGUGUUCGCCAGCGAGAGGAGCAAGGAAUCUUACUUCUGCAUUUGUUAACGGCGUAGUGACGUGCCUUAGGAACAUUAGCAGCAUAGAAUUACUGAGGGUACAAAGAGAGAUGGAGGACGAGAAUGAGCGCCUCAAACCUGAGUUGCUCUUGAUGACUGCACCACUUUUUGAUGCAAAAGAUCUACAGGAGUUUCUUAGUGACCCCCCACUGCGUACCAUACUAGUUGGAAGCACAUUGAAUGAAAUGGAUUUCUCGUAUGAUCCGGCUGAGAUAGAUAUUAUAAAGUUGCUAAGUUUAAAAAAUCGCCAAGAAGUUGUAGAGCGGUUUCGCAGAGACGCCUCUUUGAAAAAACUGCGUAAGUAA